AUGGAUCAGGAUUCUUUUAGGCAACUUCUUCAAACACCUCGAGUACCUGGUGCGACUUCGCAACUCAAAGGAGCUCAGGGAGCAUCUCUAUUGAAGCAGCAUGUCCAAUAUCUUGAGAAAGCUUCGGGAUCAUCUGCGCCAGUAUUCAAGCCACGUAAAGUGAAGAAGAGUGAAUCUAAAUACCGUGAUAGGGCCGCAGAGAGACGUGAUGGCGGGAAAAGUGACUAUGCUCAGGUCGAAGCUGUUCUCGAAGUUUUCGAACAGCGGACUGCAAAUGAUGACAAAGAUACUGUCGACGAGCAGCGUCAGUAUCUUGGUGGAGACAGCGAACAUACAAUUUUAGUGAAGGGCCUAGACAUGUCACUGCUAGAGCAGAACAAAGCUCGGGCAGCUGUUUCUACCGAAGAUGAUGAUACCCUUGAGCAAGCGUUUAUUGAAGCCUCCUCAGAACCCACGGCACACAAGAAGAGGACUCGCGAAGACAUCAUACGGGAGCUGAAGGCUAAAAGGAACGGCGAGGGUUUGCAAUCAUUCGACACCACCGCGGAGCAUCUCGAAGAUGAGGCCCGCGACCUUGAGAAAGCAAAGAAGGCAGGGAAAUUCAAACCAAUCAAUUUCAAACCAAUAGGGGUGCAGAAAGAUGACAAGGGUACCAAAAAACGCAGCAAAGAAGAGAGCGCAAGCCGUGACAAGAAGAGGAAGAAAAGGAAAGUGGAGGGAAAAUCAGGUUCACCUCAGCCGGCCAACACCAUUUCUCACCCAGAAGUUGAGCUUCCAGCGGUAGUGCCAACUCCCAUUGCCAAAGCAAUCUCACAAGUCGACCAAAGGCAUCCAUCUCCACUUGACGACGACAUAGAUAUCUUUGCGGGGGCUGGUGACUAUGAAGGCUUUCCUGGGGACGAUGACAGCGAUGAAGAUGGCUUAGAUUCUGCCCACAACACUAAGUCGAAGCAUAGUAUCAAUGAUUCACAUCCUUCAUCCGAACCCGCUCGUUCUAGAGGAUGGUUCGGAGAUGAACACGACGAUGAAGAAUCAAUACAACUACUAACAUCCACGGAGAGCGCUGCACCUCAGUUGCCUUCAUCAAACCAUACGCCUGAAGUGGAUGAAGAGGAAUCUUUGCGUCUCAAACCCUUAGAGUCCUCCGCAUUACCCUCGAUCCGCGAUUUUCUUGCAAUGGAUGCUGCUGCCGAAAAGGAUGACAAGAGGAAAGCUCGAAAGGAAAAACGGAAAAACAAGAAGAAACCUGAUGGGGAUGAUGACGACUGA